AUGCUCACACUGCUUUCAGUGUUUAAUUUGCUUAUACUGUAUGGAACAGAGAGCUCAGCCAUAUCCACAAUCAUCAUUAAUGCAACUGUGGGUGACCAGGUUCUGUUUCCUUUGCCUAUCCAUUGUGGAUCUCAGUAUGAAGUAGAAUUUCUAUUAAAAUUACCAAUUAAUGCUAAACUUGCUUCAUGGAGUAAUGGUACAUCUCACAAACAUGCAUUGUAUGAAAAAAGACUGCAAAUACACCAAAAUGGCUCUCUGGCACUGCAGAAAGUACAGAUUAAUGACACAGGACUGUAUGAAAUACAUAUCAAUUACUGUGAUACACCAAUGAUGGAAACAACUAUAACAAAGUUUGAUUUGCAAGUGUUUGAGCCAGUUUCCAAGCCUUUAAUAACAAUAAAUUGUUCAACUGAAAAUGCCAGCCUGGGCUGCUCUGUCUCCAAGGGAACAAAUGUCGCAUUAUACUGGGAAAUACAACCCAAGUCUGGACCCAGCAAUAGAAUCGAUGGUGAAGCUGAACUGGUGAUAAGUCAUGGUCAUGAGCAGGACAAAUACACGUGUGUAGUACAAAAUCCAAUCAGCAAUGCAACCAGCGACCAACAGACAUUAGAGAUGUGUAAUGACCAAAGUUCUAAAGGUUUGGUACUUUUCACCUAUAUAAGUACUGCAACUAUAUUGCUUUUUGGUUUGGCUAUAAUUAUAUUUAUCUACAUAGCAAAACUAACAACCCGUGAUAAAGGAAACAACACAGCAAUUGAAAAAUGGAAUGAAGAAACAUGCUACCUGAGUGAUGGAGCUAUUGAAGCCACAUAUAUUACUAGGAUUCGUUCAAGCUAA